UUAUAUAUUUGAAAAAAAUAAUGCUUUCACUUUCACUUCAAGGCUCCAUUGAUUCGGUGGAGACGCUGCACUUGAACACAACUUCAAUAAUACAAUAAACUAAAGUAUCAGCAGCAGAAAGGCGAAUUAGGGAAACAGAAAAACUUUAGGAAACUCCGCCAUGGCGUUUAAGUACCCGGCUGCCCGAAGAGAUGAGAGUAAGGUGGAUGACCAUCAUGGUACAAAGAUCUGUGAUCCCUACACCUGGCUGGAAGACCCUGAUAGUGCAGAAACCAUGGCUUUUGUUGAGGAGCAGAACAAACUGACCAUGCCAUACCUGGAGCAGUGCGCUGUCCGGGCUCAGUUCCACCAGCGCCUCACUGAGCUCUAUGACCAUCCCAAAUACAGCUGCCCCUACAAGAGAGGGAAGAGGUACUUCUACUUUCAUAACAAGGGUCUCCAAAACCAGGAAGUGCUGUAUGUGCAGGACUCUCUGGAUGGAGCUGCCACUGUAUUCUUUGACCCGAAUACACUCUCAGAAGAUGGCACUGUGGCUUUGAGAAUGGGCCGCCUGUCAGAGGAGUGUGAAUAUUUUGCCUAUGGUUUGAGCAGCAGUGGUUCAGACUGGGUAACAAUUAACUUCAUGAAGGGUGAUGACCUCACCAUACUUCCUGAUGUACUGGAGAGGGUUAAAUUCAGCUGCUUGGCAUGGACCCACGAAGCCAAGGGCAUCUUUUACAACUGCUACCCGCGGCAGGAAGGCAAAACUGAUGGCACAGAGACUACAUGCAACGUCAAUCAGAAGCUGUACUACCACGUCAUCGGCACCAAACAGUCAGAAGACAUUCUGGUUGCAGAGUUCCCCGAACAUCCCAAGUGGCACAGUUCAGUCACCAUAUCAGAUGAUGGCAGAUAUGCUGUUCUGUCCAUCACUGAAGGAUGUGAACCUGUCAACCAGCUGUGGUACUGCGACCUUCAGCAGCUCCCCAAUGGCAUCACAGGCCUGCUUCCAUGGGUCAAACUUGUGGACAACUUUGACGCCCAGUACUCGUAUGUCACCAACGAGGGAACCGUGUUCACUUUCCACUCUAACUUGGACGCUCCUCGGUACUGUCUCAUCAACAUUGACAUCCAGAAAGCAGACAGGCAGCACUGGACUACCCUCAUCCCCCAGCACGACAAAGAUGUCCUGGGCCUUGUCUCCUGUGUGAACCAGCACCACCUGCUGGUCAACUACCUCCACGAUGUGAAGGACAUCCUGCAGGUGUGCGAGCUGUCCACAGGCCAGCUGGUCAGGGAUCUGCCGCUGGGCGUCGGAGCAGUGUUAGGAGUGAGCUGCAAGAAGAAGCACUCAGAGUUCUUCUACAAGUUCACCUCCUUCACUACUCCAGGUAUCAUUUACCACUGUGAUCUGAGCGAUGCAACCCCAGAGCCCAGGGUGUUCAGGGAGGUGGAGGUAAAAGGCAUCAAGCAAGAGGACUAUGAGACCAACCAGGUAUUCUAUCCCAGUAAGGAUGGAACCAAGAUCCCCAUGUUCUUAGUUCACACCAAGGGCCUAAAGAAUGACGGGACUCAUCCUGUCUUCCUUUAUGGCUACGGAGGCUUUGAGCAUUCCUUACAGCCACACUAUAAUGUUGCUUACCUGCUGUUUGUGCGCCACCUGGGAGGGAUCCUGGCAGUGGCCAACAUCAGAGGGGGGGGCGAGUACGGCCUCACCUGGCACAAAGCUGGCACUUUGGGGAACAAGCAGAAUUGCUUAGAUGACUUCCAGUGUGCAGCAGAGUAUCUGAUCCAGGAGAAGUACACCACGGCCAGCCGCAUCGCUAUCAACGGAGCCUCUAAUGGAGGACUGCUAGUGGCUGCAUGCGUGAACCAGCGUCCAGACCUGUUUGGCUGUGCGGUGGCAGAGGUGGGGGUGAUGGACAUGCUGAAGUUCCACAAGUUCACCAUCGGCCACGCCUGGACCACCGACUACGGCUGUGCUGACGACCCCGAGGAAUUCAAGUGGCUGAUCAAGUAUUCUCCUCUCCAUAAUCUGCCUCAGCCCCCUUACUCCGGCCCCCCCUUCCCUGCCGUCCUGCUGCUGACGGGGGACCACGAUGACCGCGUGGUGCCCCUCCACACCCUGAAGUACUGCGCGGCGCUGCAGCAGGGGGUGGGCCGCAGCCCCGGGCAGCGCCAGCCUCUGAUGGUCAGGGUGGACACCCGCAGCGGGCACGGCGCCGGGAAGCCCACCGCCAAGGCCAUCCUGGAGGAUACACACAUCUACUGCUUCAUCGCCGAGACACUGGGGCUCAGCUGGAAGGAGUAGAGAGGCUGGUAAAAGAUGCUCGCAAUAAGGGAUGCUUUUUAAGGGAUUAAUGGUUUAUAAUUCUUAUUUAAGAAUACAUACUUUUAGUCAAGGUCAGAAGAAUAUACCAGAACAGUGAAAGUGAAUCAUUACAGGAAGAUUUAAUUAUAAAAAUGAGAUACAUACCAUGAUGCCUCUUUUGAAAUAACUCUUGACAAUUACCUUUACCUAUCAAAUACACAAAAAGAUUAGGCAUUUGUUUUGAAUGCAUAUUGUAGAUUUGGAAUAAAUUGUAUAAUUAAAAUAAAGCAUUUAAACAAAACCUC